ACCCUCUCCGGGGGGGGGAGGGGGAGCGGCGCUGAGCCAAGAAGGCCGGCUAGUCUGCGUCGAACCGACAGGAGUGGGCAUCGGCUGCCGUCGAGUCCGUUGACUUGUGAACUUAUACCGCGGACUGAGGAGUCUUAGUUUCGAAAAGGUUUGACUGAGUCUGAUCGAACGGGUUCUGUUUAGUGUUUGCGUCGUGACUGGAGAAGACAGGACUGAAGGCCAGGCCUUCAAACACACUACAAGCCUCCCAGGGAUGUUAGCGACAAGGUGGUCGGCGAUGUCGUCCCCCCUCCUGCUGCUGGUAUCGGUGGUCUUCCUGCUGCACGUCCUGUCGCCCGUCUCCGCGCAGGACUCCUGCCCCGAGGGCACCAGCGAGGACAUGUGCAGGUCGUCGGCCGGCUCUCCCAUCUGUUCCGACCGGGGCGAAUGCGUCUGUGGGGAGUGUCACUGCGACACUAUGUACAUCAAGGGUCGGUUCUGUGAGUGUGACGAGCGGUCGUGUCCACGGGUCGACAAACUGAUAUGCGGAGGCCCCAACCGAGGUCGGUGUGCCUGUGGAACGUGCGCCUGCCAUCCCGGCUGGCAGGGGUUCGCCUGCGACUGUCCGUCAUCGACAGCUUCGUGCAAAGAGCCAGGCAGCGACCGGAUCUGCAGCGGUAAGGGUAGCUGCGAAUGUGGCGAAUGCCGCUGCUACCGACACGAAGGAGAGGCCUACAGCGGCAGAUACUGCGAAACGUGCCCGACUUGCCGGUCCAAAUGCGACACGUACCGCUUCUGUGCCGAGUGUCUGGCCUUCGGAACGGGUCCCCUGGCCAGCCAGUGUGAGACCGCCUGCGGUCAGGUGUCUGUCGAAAAAGAGGACGACCCCGACGUGUCCGACCCCGACGAGCGGAUCUGCGCGUUCCUCACCGACGGGGGAUGCCGCUUCCAGUUCGUCUACGGUCGUCUGGGCAAGCUCCGGGUGCGCAGGAAGCUCGAGUGUCCCAAGCCAGCCAUUUCGUUCAGUCCUGCCGCAUCUGAAGACAACGAGGGACCCGUCGACGCGGCUGCGGAGGACCGCAACGGCGCGACUACGGCGACAGCCUCGGUCGCAGCCCUCCUGACAGUGCUCGCUGCUGCCGUCUGGGGGCGAUGAAGUGAACUACAGAUGUGUGUUUUUGUCAGUAGAUGUAGUGCUAUAUACGACCUGCAAUCAUGCGCCAGACCACUAAUGCUCUGCAAUGGCCGAGUGAGGGGUGCUGUUCACCCGGGGGAUCAUCCCACCCUUUCUUUAAUAGGGUUUACCUCAACGCUUUUCCUACGCCCAUAUUUAGUACAUAAAAAAAAUAAAUGAGUGGUGAGCAUUGAGCGCACCACUAUCAGGCCAGCUAUCAUCCCUUUUAGUGGUUGACAGGUUUGAGCAUUGGUUUCUUCUUCCAUCAUUUGAAGCUUGGGCGGCCAGUGUACUUGCUAGUGUUUGCUUCUGCAUUUAUAGAUUAUCAGUUGAAACUGAUGACUAAUGCUUUCCUAGAUGCCUCGUGGACUGUGGGUUAUGUCCGAAUAUGCGGUGGAUUUUCUGUAAGAUAGGUACCUACCUACAAGUAGGUACCUAUGUUUUUAGGCAGGUACUGUUUUUUGUCGUUCCUGCUUUUCUUGUAGAUAGGCUGUAGGCAACGCCCGAAUAAAUAAAAUUUGUUACAUG